AUGAGUUUUUGCAUAUCACCAAUUAUUUUUUCCCUCAUCCUCCAGGUAAGACCGAAGAAUUAUCGCAAUUGCUCCUAAUUAAUUUGUUUUUUUUCGGUGUUCCGGUGUGGAGAUGAGGAAGGCGAGGACUUUUUCGUUGAGGAAACAAUUUCUCUGGGUAAUAAUUGUCUAGACGUAGAAUGAUAAUUUUAAAAUAGUCGUUGAGACAAUUUUUAAUCUCCCCUCGGGUUAAAAACUCUCUGCACAACAUGACAAGUUGAAAAUGUCAAAGCGCUCGACUCCACUUGUGCCCUGACCCAAAUGAAUCGACUCGCACGGAGCGAUUUUCUCCUGUCGUCAGUCGGGACGUUAUAAGAGGUCUCAUAAUAGCAAAGGAGGAGAAAACCUUGAUCGUGUACUCUCAAACUAUCCCACGACAUUAUUUCCAAGGAGAGACGGAGCUUCGAAGACAUGGUACUCAUGAGUACUUGAGGACAUCAAUGUUAACUGGACUCGUUCAAGAAGCAACGAUCCAGAUCCGGUGGCACGACACCAGGAAGCCACGCGAGAGACGAAAAUUACUGGUAUAUAACAACCAUUCGAUAUAUCCGAAGGUUGUACUUGAAGAUGGUAGAAGAAGGAGAAGAAGAACACUCGGUUGUAUUCGUUUUACUGGGCCUCUCCACCGAACCCGAGUCAGGUCAAAGGGCGAUAGCGGUACUGGCACUGAUACUGCGAGGAAUGGCAGAAGGUGGAGGGAGAGGGUAACCUCUCUCAUCCAUGACUCGUCCUUUACACGCCACCUCCUGAUGCUUCCUAGUCUCUUCUAUUCCAGUUACAAACGGGUUCAAAUAUCAAAUGGACAUUUUUUACAAGCCUCCUAUUUAUUGAUUCUUAACGAAAUAUAUUGCAAGUUCUCGCGAGAAUUCGCAACUGGCCAUCCUAAGGCCUUCAGCUGAUAAGUCUCUUGUUUUUAUGAUUGAUAAAAUUUAGCUGUCCAUAAUGCAAUUAAUAGAUCAAUCAAGUUCGACUACAUUAUGCCCACAAAUUGUGCCUUAAUUUCAUAAUUAAUUCAUUUCUCAUAAUCAAUCCGUCAUA